CCUCCCUCAUGCAAGUUUAAGUCAUAGCAGAGACGAUCACGACUGUAGAGAGUAAGCUAAAGAUUUGGUCCUCACAGUCGUGUAUUGGACGUGAGAAGGUCCCCCGUUCUCUGGUGGAUGGUGUGUGUGGUGUUUUAACUUAAAGUUUAAGUUUUGGUGUGCGUGGGGGGUUCUAAAGUUUUUUUUUUUUUAAAGUGUGUUUGUUUGUUAUAUUUUCUCGCACGUGUAAAAAUGUGGACUUUACGAUCACUAUGUUGUGAUCAUUUUAAUAUUAAUAAUUUAAGGAUUUUAAUUAGUGUAGUGAAAUAUUUUUUAAUUAUUUGUUUAUUAAAUAACAUUCAUUUUAUAAAUGCACAAGAUUUACGAACAGAUUCGUCAUCACAAACACCGGCUGUUGGUGGUUGGAAAGGAACUAAAUGUUAUGAUAAUUUUCGAAGACCGCAGAAAUGUAUUCCUGGAUUUGAAAACGCUGCAUUUGCUGCACACAUAACAGCUACAAACACGUGUGGUGAAGAUGGUCCUAUUGAAUUUUGUGUACAAACAAAUCCAUCCGAAUCCAGGCGAAUAUGUCAGUUAUGUAAAAAAGGUGAUCAUGGUAGUGAAUUUUUAACUGAUAUCCAUAGUCAGGAUAAUGUUACGUGGUGGCAAUCAGAAACAAUGUACGAGGAUAUCCAAUAUCCAAAUCAAGUUAAUUUAACAUUAAGUUUUGGUAAAUCUUUCGAUAUAACAUACGUUCGAUUGGAAUUUUAUUCACCAAGACCGGAAAGUUUUUCAAUUUAUAAACGUGUAUGUGAAGAGUGUCCAUGGAUACCAUACCAAUUUUUUAGUUUAAGUUGUCGUGAUAUUUAUAAAGCACCAAACUCACUAUUUGCACCGAUUGGUGACGAUACUCAACCAUUGUGUACAUCGGAAUAUUCUGAAAUGAUUCCAUUACAAGGUGGAAAUGUUUUGUUCUCAACGUUGGCUGGUCGUCCAAAUGCUAUAAAUUUUGCUACUAAUGAAGAGUUACAGGAAUUUGUAAAAGCAACAGAUAUUCGAAUCUCAUUAGAUCGCUUAAAUACAUUUGGUGAUGAAUUAUUUGGUGAUCCACGUGUAUUACGCUCAUACUUUUAUGCAAUUUCUGAUAUUGCAGUAGGUGCUCGAUGUACAUGCAAUGGACAUGCAGCUGAAUGUGUUGAAUCAAAAGGUGCUGAUGGUUCACGACGUCGAGUUUGUUUAUGUGAACAUAAUACAAUGGGUCCAGAUUGUAAUGAGUGUUUACCAUUUUAUAAUGAUGUACCUUGGAAACGAGCCACAACUGCUGAUGCACAUGAAUGUAAACCUUGCAAUUGUAAUGGAUUCUCAAAUCGAUGCAUAUUCGAUGAAGCACUCUACAAUCGAACCGGUCACGGUGGUUACUGUUUAGAGUGUACAGCAAAUCGUGAUGGUCCAAACUGUGAACGUUGUCGUGAAAAUUACUACCAACAAGAAGAUGGUUUUUGUCGACCAUGCCAGUGUAACGAAGUUGGUUCACGUAGUUUACAAUGCGACCGGAAGGGUCAAUGUCAAUGUAAACCCGGUGUAACUGGCGAGAAAUGUGAUCGUUGUGCGGAAAAUUUCUACGAUUUUGGACCACACGGAUGUAAACAAUGUGGAUGUUUACGUGAAGGUUCUUUAGACAACAUUCCCAAAUGUGAUCCUGUCACUGGUGUCUGCUAUUGUAAAGAAAAUAUCGAGGGAAAACGAUGUCGACAAUGUAAACCUGGUUUCUUUAAUUUGGAUGAAAAUAAUGAGUUUGGAUGUACUCCAUGUUUUUGUUAUGGACACUCAUCUGUAUGUCGUAUUGCACCAGGAUACUCCCAAGUGACGUUACACUCAUUUUUCGAUCGUAGCAGCGAACGUUGGACUGCACUAGAUGAUCAAGGACGUAAUGUACCCUUAAAUUAUAAUGGAUUAGUGCAAAAUAUUGGUGUUAGUGCACCAGAUCGUGGUCCGGUUUAUUUAAUUGCACCAGAUCGAUUUCUUGGGGAUCAACGAGCAUCGUAUAAUAAAGAUUUGAAAUUUUCAUUGCGAAUUGGUGAAAAUGGUGCUUCACCCACUGUUAAUGAUAUCAUUUUAGAAGGUUCGGGUAUUUUAAUAUCGAAUACCAUAUUUGGAUUGUCCAACAAAUUACCUAGCAUAGAGAACCAAGAAUUUCAGUUCAGAUUACACGAACAUCCAGCAUACAAAUGGCAACCAAGAUUAUCUGCUCGUGCAUUUAUGGCUAUACUAACAAAUCUAACAGCAAUUCGAAUUCGUGCAACAUAUACACCCCGCGGUGUUGGUUUCUUAGAUGAUUUCCGUUUAGAAUCAGCUCUUAGAGGUGCAGCCGGCGAAAGUGCAAAUUGGAUUGAAAUGUGUGAAUGUCCUGUUGGUUAUGUGGGACAAUUUUGUGAAUCGUGUGCGGCUGGUUAUCGACAUUCACCAGCUUUAGGUGGACCGUUCACACAGUGUGAGCCAUGCGAUUGUAAUAAACAUGCGGAACAUUGUGAUUCGGAAACUGGACGUUGUAAGUGCGAACAUAACACGGCUGGUGAUAAUUGUGAAUUGUGUGCUAGAGGUUAUUAUGGUAAUGCACUGAUUGGAACACGAUAUGAUUGUAAACCUUGUGGAUGUCCAAAUAAUGGACCUUGUAUACAAUUGCCUGAUGAAAAAUUGAUCUGUUUGGAAUGUCCUACAGGAUAUACAGGACCUCAAUGUGAUUUAUGUACCGAUGGAUAUUUUGGAGAUCCUAAAGGUUUAUUAGGAACAGUUAAAGCAUGCUUACCUUGUAUUUGUAAUCAUAAUAUCGAUACUAAUGCCGUUGGAAAUUGUAAUCGAACUACAGGAACCUGUUUAAAAUGUAUUUACAAUACUUAUGGUGAAAGUUGCGAACAAUGCCUUCCAGGAUAUUAUGGAGAUGCAUUAGCAAUUCCAAAAGGUGACUGUAAGCCAUGUAGCUGUUAUCCACCUGGUACUCAGGAAGCAGACGAUGGUAUAUUGAUUUGUGAUCAAUUAUCCGGACAAUGUUUAUGCAAACCUCAUGUACAUGGACGUAAUUGUGAUCAAUGUGAAGUCGGUUACUUCAAUAUUGAGAGUGAUGAAGGAUGUCAGCCAUGUAAUUGCGAUUCAAUUGGAUCAUUUAACAACACAUGUGAUAUACGUACAGGACAAUGUUUCUGUCGUCCAGGUGUUACUGGAUUGCGUUGUGAUAAGUGCGAAGAAUACAAAUAUGGAUUCUCACGUGAAGGUUGUAAAAGUUGCGAUUGUGAUCGUAUCGGUUCAUCAGGUCUUCAUUGCGAUCAUACAGGACAAUGCCCGUGUCGCACAAAUGUAGAAGGUAAAAAAUGUGAUCGAUGCAAAGAGAACAAAUAUGACCGUCAACAAGGAUGUAUUGAUUGUCCACCAGCGUACAAUCUGGUACAAGAAGCCGUUCACGAACAUCAAGAAAAGUUGGCUCGAUUACAAGAGGUUUUAAGUGGAAUUCGUAAUAAUCCAACUGUAAUUGAUGGUAGCGAAUUUGAUGAAAAAUUGAAACAAGUUCAAAAUCGUAUUGAUGACUUAAAUGAACAAGCAAAACAAGGAACUGAAGUGAAUGGAAGAACUUUAACUGAACAAAUUGAUGAUAUCAAAAAUCAUAUUGAAGCAAUUGAUGAAUUACUAAACAGCAUUAACAAUAAGACAACAAUCGUCGAACAGUACGCGGAUAUAGCAAGCAACAAUGUAACAGAAACGGAAAUUAUAACCGCCCAAGCUAAACAAAUAUUAAACGAAGCUGUCAAUCAAUUAAGCGUGAAAGGAAAGGAAGCAUUAGAUCGUGCAAAUACAAAAUCACGUGAGUAUGGAUAUCAAAAUGCAGAAAUGGAAAAUAUUACACGUGAAGCACGUACAAAAGCUGAUGCAUUAGAAGAAGAAGCCAAAAAUAUUUUAAAUCUUGCCAAAGAAGCUGAAGAUGUAUCACAACAAGCGUAUAAAACAGCUAAAAGUGCUAUUGAUAAACAACAAAAUACGAGUGAACAACUUGGAAGUUUACGUGCGGAAAUUGCAUCAGCUAAGGAGAAACUCGAAGAUACACAACGUUUGACAAAAGAUGCUAAAAAUCGUGCUCAAGAAGUUCACAAAGAAGCGUUAAAUAUCCUAAACGAAGUACAAGCAAUAAAUAUACCCCAAGUUAAUAUUAAACAAUUACAAAAAGAAUCCGAAUGGAAACAGGAAGAUGCAAAGAAUUUACUCGAAAAUUUGGAUAAGUUAGAAGACGACAAUAAAGAAACAGUUGAAAAUGUAUUAAAAUUAAUUGAAGAUGCAAACGAUCUUUAUCAAAGCGCUGAAGCACAACAACAAACCAUUGACGAAUUAUUAUCUGAUGCUGACGAUACAUUUUUUGUUGCUGAAAACGCUGUACAAAGAGGCAAUGAAACAUGGCAACAGGCACAAGAUACGUAUCAAACGCUAAGUAAUUAUGAUAAUCAAGUUAAUCAACAUAAACAAGAUGCUCAGAAAGCAAUCGAUGAAGUCGAAAGAAUUCGAGAAGCAUUGCAAGCAGCUCAACAACAAACUCGAGACGCUGAAAACACAUUGAAUAAAAUUUACAAAGUUGCUGAAAAUGCUAAAGAUAAUGCACUAAACGCACAAAAUAAUUAUACUGAAUUAGCAGCGGAUACAAAUAGUAUGUUAGAUCAAGCAAAUGAUCUAAAAACAGUUGCUGGAAAAUUACGUGUUGAAGCGAAUGAUUUUGCUGAACGAGUUGCAGAAACUGGUAAUACAUUGAAAAAAUUAGAAGAUCAAGCUACAAAUGAUAAAGAUCUUAUAUCAGAAGCGAAAAAGAAAUUAGGCCAAGCUGGUAAAUAUUCAUCGGAAGCUUCAAAUCAAGUGAAAAAAGCUGUAAAUGAUGUGGAGGAAAUUAUUAAAAUCCUAAAUGAUUUACCAUCAAUAACAUCGGCUAAUUUAGAUGAAUUAGAACAAAAAUUACAGCGAGCUGAAAAAGAACUUUUAGAGGCUAAUCUAGAUAAUCAAAUACAAAAUUUACGUGAUGAAAAACAGCGGCAGGCAAUAUUAAUUGAUAAUUAUAAAAAUCGUGUAGCACAAUUAGAAAAAGAUGUUGAAAUUAUUAAAGAUAUUAGCAACUCAUUACCGAUGGAUUGCUUUAAACGAACCAAAUUAGAACCUUAAGCUGCUAAAAAAAAUUAAUUUUUUACUUUUUAAUAAUAAUUUGUACAUAUUUAAAUCAUAUUAAUAAUAAUUAAAAUAUUUUUCCUUCAAGAAUUUUCCCGCCGAUAUAUUAAAGCCAUAAUAAUAGAAAUACAAAAAAAAUGAUUUUCUUUUA